AUGAAUGAGGCUCAUAGUGGGAAUAACUUAAUUCCACCAUCACUGCAAUUUCCAUCAUUGGUCGCAUCUCCAGGUGUAGUUGCUGAUCGUUCAAGAUAUGUGAGACAAAGUCCUUAUUCAACCGGUUAUAAUUCGCCUCGUUCCAAAUCUUCCUUUUCUUUACCGGAUCAAAUCGGUUGCUUGACUGCCGUGAGGAUGACAGCUUCAGCAAAACUGGGGCGAUAUUUUCGUCGACUUAUUCGAUUUCAACAAAUGGAUUUUGAAUUUGCUAUUUGGCAAAUGAUAUAUUUACUUGUUCAGCCACAAAAAGUAUAUCGCAAUUUUAUGUAUCGUAAAAGAACAAAAGAUCAAUGGGCUCGAGAUGAUCCAGCCUUUUUGGUUUUGCUUGCAGUAGCAUUAUUUUUCUCUAGUCUGCUUUUUUCAUUCGUUAUCAAUUUGUCAUUUCUUGGAUUUCUAGCUUUCUUUCUGUGGGUGGUAUUCAUCGAUUGCAUUGCUGUAGGGUUGAUCAUUGCCACUAUUUUUUGGUUUAUUUCAAAUCGUUAUUUUCGACGAGUCGAUGACCAGGAUGUUGAAUGGGGUUAUUGUUUUGACGUCCAUCUUAACGCGUUUUUCCCAGUACUUAUUCUUCUCCAUGUGGUCAUGCCUAUUACUUUUUCAACUCUUAUUGGCUAUGAUUCUUUUUUGUGUCGUCUUUACGGCAAUGGCUUAUGGUUUGCUUCAGUGGUUUAUUACAUAUAUAUAUCUUUUCUCGGCUAUACAGCAUUACCAAUUCUGAAGAAUACACAUAUAUUCUUUUAUCCUAUAACAUUUCUUUUUAUCUUUUAUAUUGCGACAGUGACGGCUGGUUGGAAUAUUUCGAUAAGUGCUAUGGACUUUUAUCACUUUCGUGCAGAAAAUAAAUCAAGAUUAUAUUGA